UCUUCCCCGCACGAGGGCGCUAUAUCACCAAAUACAGGAUGAAGCACAAAGACAUUGUAAUUCAUAGCAUCUAUCAGCAUAUAUCACGACCGCCGUUGUUCAUUUGAUGCUGGAUUUUGUUGUACUACCUUUUAGAUGCAGAACGUGUUAAACAGCCGACCGCAAAAGGACACAGCAGAUGCACUGCGGUAACGGGGAGCGGAAACAGGAAAGCGCAGCUGAAAUGUGAAGCGUUUCUUCGAUACCGCGAGGGGAAGUUGGAGACCAGUGCAGCAGCGAAGUGUCUUCAUUUUAUCACGAUCUGUGCUAUCCUCACAACAGUUGUUUUCUCUUCCUGGUAAGAUCAGCUGUGUAGUACACCUCCUCCUCAUCAUCAACAGCAGCCAGCCGGCUGUGACAGUCAGUGAUCCGCUUUCCGGUGUGUAUUAAUUCACUGACAGAACGUCCGAACGUCUUUUCAUAGCGUUUUAUAGGGCUGUUUAUUACAGUACACCGGUAUUGAAGUUGGGGGCUGAUGAUUUGUGAAGAUGACGGGCAAAUCAGUCAAAGACAUUGACCGCUAUCAGACUGUUCUCACAUCUCUUCUCGCACUGGAGGAAAACAAGUUUUGCGCCGAUUGUCACGCUAAAGGUCCCAGAUGGGCAUCCUGGAAUCUUGGAAUCUUCAUUUGUAUCCGCUGUGCGGGAAUCCAUCGGAAUCUUGGCGUUCACAUAUCACGAGUUAAAUCUGUAAACCUGGAUCAGUGGACUCAUGAGCAGAUACAGUCUGUACAGGAGAUGGGGAACACCAAAGCUCGAAGGCUUUAUGAGGCAUUUUUACCAGAGUGCUUUCAGCGUCCAGAGACAGACCAAGCCGCAGAGGUCUUUAUACGGGACAAAUACGAUAAGAAGAAAUAUAUCGAUAAGUGCAUUGACAUCCAGUCUUUCAGGAAGGAAAAAAGUGAGGCGGUGACAAAAGAUGCUCCUGUUGUUUUUGAAAAAAUGAAGCUGAAAAAAGAUGAUUUGCAACAAUCAAAAAAUACUCCAAAGAAACAGUCACAGUCUGUCAAUGACCUAUUAGGUCUAGAUGCCCCUGCUCCUCAAGCGUUUGUGACCAAUGGGAAGCCAAGCUCUGAAAUUAGCCCCGCCCUUGACCUCUUCAGCUCUCUGCCUGCUUCUGUCAACAGUUCAAACUCAUCCAGGAGCACACCCAACUCAGGGUGCAUGCCUGCUGGACGGGUAGCAGCAUCAGUGCCCGAGAACCUCAGUCUGUUCCUUGACCCACCCAGCAAAAGCGAGGACACUGGAAAAAAGAUGUCCAAGGACUCCAUCCUGUCCCUGUACAGCAGUGCAACUCCACAAACAAACAUGGCCGCUCAUGCUGGCAUGUACAUGGGUGCAACCCAGAUGGGCUAUGUUCCUGCUGCGGGAUACGGCCAAUACCAGUCCCUAGGUGCCCAGCAGGGUAUGAUGGGGCCUGUGAUGGCUCCACGGAUGAAUGUACUGGGACAGGCAGGUGUCAUGCAGCAACCCGGAGUGGCAGCUGCUCCUCCUUACAUGACAGGGGUGCAAGGGGGCAUGAUGGGAAUGCAGAACGGCAUGAUGGGAGGCAUGCCGGCGGUUCCUCAGCAACCAUAUGGAACGCAGCAGGCUCAACAGAUGCAGUGGAAUAUCAGCCAGAUGACUCAACACAUGGCGGGAAUGAAUUUCUAUGGGGCCAAUGACACGAUGGGUUACGGGCAGCCCAUGGGCGGCACAUCUGCUCCUGAUUCAAAUCAAAUGCUGGGGUCACAUGAAUGGAAGUGAUGAUGUCAUAAAGAUAGAUAGGGAGAGACAGCAUGUCUGAAUGGAUGGUCCUGGUUGGCACCGGUAUUGACUGGGAGCAGGAGGAGGACAGAUCGUGGAAAACAUUCAUCAUCAGACACAUUGAGAAGAUAAGAUGAACGUAACAGAAGCGAAGUCUCUACCUCCCUCAUUCUCCGAGCCAUUUUCCAGAUUUCCACGCUUGGCUUCAAGCAGUCUCAUAUACUCAGAGAAUAGAGCAUUUGUUUAUUUGUGAAGUAUGGUGGGUAUAAUGUGCAGCGUUACUCAAUUUCUGACGCCAUUCACAGCUUGAUCCACACUUCACAGAAGAGUGUGUUUUGGCUGCAUCGCAAGAUAUACAGUAUGUAUGUAUGUCGGCUAUUGCUCUGUAAUUAGACCUAGUGAGCUGCCUACAAAGGUGGUAUUUUAUGGCAUCAUAGACACCGUAAAAAAAAGUUCCAACGUUUUUUUCCCUUUAAGCUAAAUUAUAUGGCGCUAUUAAUAUGUAAAGCCAAUCCCAGAAUGCUUAGCUACAAAAUCAGUAAAGGACAUUUUUGAGCAACUGCAGACACCAGAAAGGCAUGUUUAACAAAUAUUAACUUCUGUUCCAAAGUUUAGGGUCACUUAACCCUUUAUAUUUUUAUCCGUAUUUUAGAUUAGUAAUAAACUCAUAACUUUCAUGGUUUCACAGACCAGGCUUAAAGGUCCGAUGUGUAAUUUUUUGGAGGAUCUAUUGACAUAAAUGCAAUAUAAUAUACAUAACGCUUCAUUAUGUAAAGUCUUUAUACAAUUAUGAAGUGUUAUGUUUUUAUUACCUUAGAAUGAGCUAUUUCUAUCUAGAUACGUACACCGCUGGUCCCCUUACAUGGAAUCCGCCGUGUUGUUUCUACAGUAGCCCUAAACAGACAAACUGCUCUACAGAGUGCGUUUCGUAAAUACGUUAUCUCCUUCAGCAAAGAAGCGAAAACGUGACGACAUCUUAGCCCUGUGUCAGCCACCGUAGUGCUUCGAAAGGGAGGGGGGUGGAGUUAGCCAUUGGUUGCAAUUUGCAGCCUCACCACUAGAUGCCGCUAAACAUCAUACACUUGACCUUUAAGGCUAGUCCAAGGCUAAAAGGAAUCUUUGAGCUGUCUUAACUGAAAACAACUUGCUCUGACAUAUCUUAAAAUAUGUCAGUGUCAUUGUUUUGUCUCAAAAUGGACACCAGUAAUGUUUUUUUUUCUAAGGCACUUUUAUAAAAGCAACUUAAAUAUCCUAAUUUAACUAAGGCAUAGUCCUGGCUUAAGCUAAGCCUUGGCUGUAAAACUGGGCCUAAGAGAACUAUGUUGUGUAAGGGAUAAUGUACAGGCUGCCAGUUGUUAUCGCGAAAGAAGCCCCGACAGUGUGAUCAGGACCCGACGCGAAGCGGAGGGUCUUGUAUCACACUGAAGGGGCUUCUUUCGCGAUAACAACCGACUGCCUGUACAUUGUCCCGCUUAUUACACGGCUACUUGCCACAUGAGAAAAAAAAUGCACAAAAAAUAUGAAUUUGAAACAUUUUAUUAGCUUAUUAAUGGUUUAUUUUGAAAGCGUAAACCUUCCGCGAAAAGAUAUAGUCCCAAGCGGCUAUUAAGCGGUUGUCUAGUGUUUAGUCACAAGAUGGCGCCAGACGGUAACCUUUGUUGGAGCGGAGGGAUAUUAAACAUACAAGUAGUACCGGUCAUGUGUUAUUAGUUUUGAGCGGUUAUUUGAAAAGAACAACCCUUGGAAUGUCGCGACUGGCCAAUCAGAAUCAAGCAUUCAAAUGAGCCGUGUAAUAAGUCUAAAUAAAAU